UAUACUGUAUUUAUAUCUUUAUACACGUAUAAUUAUAACUAACCUUUCUUCCUGUAAAUCAAUAACAGAGUAUAUGUAUACAUGUAUAUGUGUAUGUUUUAGAAUUAAACCAUCUACAAAUGUUGUUUCCUGGGAGGUAAAAUGAAAGUAACAUCAUCUGAAAUCUGCCUACUUCAUAUUGUAAUAGGAUUUGUAUAUUUUAUUGGAAUUUCAUCAAGCGAGAAUGUUAGAAAUCAAAAUGUACGUCAAAGAUCAAAUAUUAGACAAUUAAUAUCACUACAGCAGCCAUUUUGUUUAGCAGAGGUUAACAAUCAUACAGAUGAUGUAGAAAGUGCCAAGUGUAACUUGCUGCAGUUAUCUAAACCUAGGCCUAAAUAUCCAUUAAGGUUCAUACAACCAAACAGGAUUGGUUAUGUAGAAGAAAUUCAACUUGUAGAAGGCAAGACACAUACACGUAAAACAUUGGCCCUCGACCCUCCUGUUUAUGAAAUACCCAACUUUUUGACACCAGAGGAAACUGAUAUCAUAAAAGGAAUCGCAGAAAACAAGCAGUUAUCACAGAGUAAGUUGUUUGGAGAUGGCCAGGGGACGAGAAAGAGUGAAUCAGCAUGGGUUUCAAUCAGAAAAUUAAAUAAGUCUAUUACACGUUUGUCUGAGAGAUAUGAAAAAUUAACUGAACUGCCGUCGUGGUAUGUAAACCAUGCUGAAAAAAUGCAGAUUGUAAAGUAUGAAACUGGUGGAUAUUAUUAUACACAUCAUGAUUCAGGUCCAUAUUAUUUACCUGUUCAUGAUUUACCUUGUUGUAAUCAAGUUAAAUCUUGUACUACAAACCUUGAACAAUGUUGUCAGCUGUGCAGAGUGAUGACUGUAAUGGUUUACCUGAAUGAUGUAGAAGAAGGGGGAGAAACGGCUUUCCCCGUUGCAGAUACGGAUACAGAAACGUUACAUGAAUAUUUGUCUGAUGUAAAUAACAGGAAUCUGACCACCAAUUGUUUUAAGUCUUCUCUUCUGGUUUCACCAAAGACAGGAACGGCCGUCAUGUGGUAUAAUCAUGAAGUUGAUGAAAUGGUAUGGCACAGUAAUGUAGAAUAGCAUGUGAAGAAAACUGGGCCGUUUAUACUACCUUGAGGAACAGAAAAAUUUAUAUCGACUGGUGUUGAAUUAGUUUGAUUGAUGUUAACAUUAAAGCCUCUACCAGAGACAUAGGAAGCUACCGAUUCUUUUGCUUCCACAAACUCAAAAACACUUUUGAAGGAUUUCACAGUAUCAAACGCAGCACUAAGAUUUAUGGCAACCAAUAGAAGGGGAUAAUUGAUGUUCCAUAUUAUAGGAUGUCGUUAUAUAUUUUAAGGAUUAAUGUUUCUGUAAGUCUAUGAAUAUACAUUUCUUUACAAGGGCAUCUGCAAUUGCUUUGUUUGGACUGGUCAGGUUUAGAGAGCACGCAUCUCCACAUUUCCAGGGAGUUGAAUUACGUCAGUUUCUAUAAAGAAGAAACAUAUCAUGCUUACCUGCGUCCGGUUUGGAUCGGUCCAUCCUUUAGUUAGAAAACAGUAUACCUAAAUCGUGAUAUUUAUUCAAGUAAAAUGCUAAGUCCACAUAAUAUACAAUCGGUACUCAGCCAGUAUCGAUCCCUACAAAUAUAAUGAGUAUAUGAGAAAUAGUGUAUAACAAAUACAACAGCAAAUCAAAUGUUUAUAUGAAUAAUACACAUUAUAGAAGGCGCUGAAAAGUGCUUUAGGGAGAGUUACAUAAAAAUUACGAAAAACAGUAUAAGCGGCCUGGUAAAUUAUUUAGCGACGGACGUCAUAUGAAAACAGGGAAACAAAGAUACGCACCAGGUAGCUGAACCGAUGCGGUCUUACUCGCACUUACAAUCGAGCGCUCGAGAUACUGAGUCGAUCGCUUGAGAUAAUUAAGUCGAGCGCUCGAGAUAAUAUAACCGAACACAUCUCAACCAAUGUUUUAAGCUGUAUAAUUGUGUGCAUAAACUUGCAGAAUAAAGAUAUUCAUUAAAAUUUGUUCGUUUUUACAACCCAUCGACCCCCCACCCCACACACUCCACCCUAUGCUCAUCACCCCCACUCGGUAUUUCCCGUUAUAUUUACCCCCUUCCAAAUGGGGAGUAUAUCACAUGUUAUUAUACAAAUCAAUAAUUCUAUAUAUCGAGGUUACAGAGGUUAUUUCCUUUUCUCUAGUGCGAGUUAUAAAUAGACAAUUUUUCCCUUAAUUUUUUUUCUCCCCUCUUCCUGCAUUUUUGGGUUGACUUUUUGGUCUAGAAUUGGAGAAAAUGGAUCAAAUUUGCAAUUUCAUAGCAGUUUUAAUACUGAUGAUAUUACAGAGGAGGGAUGGGGGUGUAAAGUGUCUUUCUGCAGAGCAAUUAUUGUGUCGGAAGUGAGAUUUUCACCCCAGUCAACAUCAAAUCCCCGUAGCAAAAAAAAGAAACGGUCAACGCUCUACAAGAUUAUGAUGAGGAGAUUGCCAAAUGUGGUCCUCAUUGUGCCUAUAAAGAUUGGAACCAACGGAAUGCUGAGCAAAAAACUACAGCCUGUGGUGUUACAGCCAUUUAACAUUGAAGUCAGUGGGCAAAUAAUUGCUAGUCAUAGACCAUACUCACCGGGGGG